GUUUAGAAGAGCUCAUUUAGCUUUACUGUUUAAUAACAAAUUGCAGAGGAUUUAUAAUACACAGUCUAUACGGUAUUUCGUUGAAACAUAAUUGUAAAAUGGUGAAAAAUGUUCAAUUGAUAUCGAGUCACCGGAAACGCCAUCUUAUAUUGCAUUAUGCACAGUGAGUUUGACAGAUACGCGUAUUGCUACCUAUAAAAAGGAAACAGUUUGGACGACUAAGCAUAUAGAAAGCAGAAUUUUGUGGAAGAACGUGUGAAUCGUUGAGAGUGAUAUUUUUAGUACAUUUGUACGAACAUACGAAACUUGGAUAAAAUAUAGGGAAGUAUUUAACAUUAUAAAUAAGGAAUUUAUAAUUGCAUAAUAUUUGUACCUGGAUUUGACGUGUACACAAAAUAUGGAACACAUGUAUAAGGUUUAUGUACAAAAUAAUGAUUCGACCAUCAAGGAAAUUCGAAGAUUUAAAACUAUCAGAAAUCAGUACAAUUUCGAGCUAUUUUGCUCGAAAAUAUGGGAGCUAUACCCCGAAUUGCAUAAUGGAAAUUUUAUUGUUUCCUGGAAAGAUCUUGAAGGUGACGAAAUUGUAGUAUCAACUAAUGAAGAAUUUAAACUUGCUGAUCAAAUGAUGAGUCAACUGAGCAUUAGUAAGUUCUAUGUGAAAAUAUUAUCGCAAAAUGAAGAGCCAUCAGGCACUAAAAAUGAAAAGGUAGUUCAUCCUGGUAUAUGUUGCGACAACUGUAAUGGCGAUGUAGUUGGAUAUAGAUACAAAUGUAUUCAAUGUGAAGAUUAUGAUUUGUGUGCACAAUGUGAAGCAAAAAGUUUACAUUCACAGCAUUAUAUGAUCCGUAUGCCACAACCGAUGCAUGCUUAUGAAAGUCAAGGUUUAGUUUAUUGUUUGAGAAAAUUUUUGAAAAAAGGUGACAUGCAUUCAAAUAAGAAGCAUAGCUCAAAUGAGCACUCAAGAAAAAAGAAAAAGUGUCAUGAAUUUCCACUCAAUUAUGAUAUCUUACCUUGGUUGGAAACUUACAUGCCAUAUUUGAUUCCUUUUUUGGAAUCAAAGUAUGAACCAUGCUCAACUAAUGAUGCUGGUCCUUCCAAAGAAACACCAAAACAGAAAACUGACAAGAAUUCUAAAACUUUUGUUAAAGUUUAUCAAACUGACAAUGAUGGUGUAGAGUUUGUUAUUGAAGCUAAUUCUGACCAAUCCAAAACCUCAACUCCUAAUAAUGAAAAGGUGCAAGAAGAUAAAGAAGAUGAAUCCACAAGUAAAGAUACCGGCAACAAAUUUUCUGGGGAAGAAAGCAAAAUGUUUGAUGAUGCAAAGGAUGACAAAGCAUCUGCAUCAGAUUCUGCAUCGAUUACAAGUCAAGAUUCUAUCGCAAAGGCCACAGCAGCAGAUGAAUGGACCAUUGUAGAUAAAAAUGAAAGUCCUGAAAUUAGCCGUGCAUCUUCAGUUUUAUCUAACUUAAAUGAAGGAGCUGAUAAACAGAUUCCAUCUGCACCAACGUUGGAAACAAACUCGUCACAGAAGAAUAUUUAUCCUCGCCUACCAGAAGAAUCGAAAAUAUAUCAUUCAAACCCAAUAAUUCAAACAGCUGUUGAAACUAUGAUAAAAAUGGGUUUCUCAAAUCAAGGCGGAUUACUGACUUACUUAUUAGAAGCUGAAAACGGUAAUAUUAAUAAAGUUUUAGAUUUGCUUCAACAUACAAAUAAAUAAGUAAUGAGAUUCAAAUCUGAUUAAAGUUUUUGAAAUAGUUUAUACUUGUUUUUUCUUUAUUCUGUUAACAAAAUUAAAA